AUGGACCAUGGCUCGGGAUCAGAGCCCGUUCGCUACAUCCGCAGCCGCAUCGCCAAUGCCUGCGACGGGUGCAAGGCGCGCAAGGUCAAGUGCGACGGGAAGCUGCCGUGCGGCUUCUGUGUUGCGCGGCAGAGGGCACAAAUGUGCCAUUACUCGCCGCAGAGGAGACGGAGACAGUCGCAGAAGCUGCCGAGGUCGCCGCCGCCGUCUGUGCGGGAGUCGCGGGAUCGGGAUAGGGAUCGGUCUACCAGGGACGCUUCGUCGGUGAGGUCGCCGUCGCCGACUCAGACGCCGACUUCGAGGCGCGUGUCUUCGGAGUCGUCCGUGGCUGAGGACGAGACCGAAGUGCCGCGAGAGGCUCGGUUGCUGUGUGACGCUCAUGGAAAACUGACCUUUAUCGGGGAUUGUGCGCCACUGUCCUUCUUCCAAUCGGUGCGCAGGCUUGUGACCAAUCGAGUAGGCCAGAAUGCCUUUGCACCGCAAACGAGUCGAUUCUCAGUCCUGGAAAAUGCGCCGGCACGGCAAUCCAAGAGGUCAUUAAGAGAUCCAAGGAUGCCCGAAGUCCGGCCUGAGGACGUUACGCCUGCGGUUUCGGCGUAUCUAUCGACAACGGCGAGUUUAGUGGACUUGUUUGACCGCGCGAAGCUGCUGGAUGAUUUGAUGAUAUGGGCGAAUCUGACCCACAAGCCAGAUAAUGUGACGACUAUUAUUCACUUUCUUGUUCUUGCCAUCGGGCUACAGGCGGAUGACGACGUGCUGUCUCAGCAGUAUUUCGAGUAUGCUCGCGAUUUGGCGUACACGGAUCUGAGCGACAGUCUUGGUGUUGAGACGGUGCAAGCGUUCAUCUUGGUUACGGUUUACAUGCUGUGUUCCUGUCAGAUCAAUGGAGCCUUUCUCUUCUUUGGCAUUGCUGCGAGAGCCGCUUACUCAAUUGGCCUCCAUCGAACUGAGGUAAACGCCCGAUUUGGUCACGAAAUUCACCAGCAGAGAGACCGACUGUGGAAAAGUCUACGGGUGCUGGACCUGUUUCUCAGCAGCUCCAUGGGGCGCCCUCCCGCCACUUCGGAUGUAGAUUGCACGGUUCCUUACCGCGCGGUAGGCACUGAUGGAAAUGAGGUGCUUGACCUGCUCAAUGCCUCUGUUCAGAUCCUCCUUAUACUAGAAUACAUCAUCUUGGAAGUAUACGGGCGUAAGAAGAUUUCUAUGCAGUUGACUGAAGGGAUAUCCCUUAAGCUGCGUGAGUGGUCUGGGAGAUGGCUCAGUCUACUGAAAGAAGUCAUUGCACAGCCCGCCGCUCGCAACGAAGCUCAGGUCACAGGAGCCUGCCAGGUGCUAUCAUCGUACUACUAUGCGGUGAUGCUUGUUUCACGGCCAUUCUUGAUUUUGAUGGUGGAUCCGGUCUUGGAUUUGAUCGAGAGGGGUGUGUUGAAGGGGAAGGCUCCUCUACUUGUAUCGUGGCUUUUUGCCGCUUCGUUGGUUCUUGGAGUUGGUCUCUUGGGCGGAUUCGGCCGUAUACUGGAAAAGUAUACUCGAAUGUCCAUACAAACAAUGGAUCACUUUGCCAAGAACGACGCCCAUGCCCGGCAAUACUCCUUGAUUGCUCAGUCAUUGCUCACGACAGCAUUGGAGCAUUUGGAACGGCAGGAUCUUCAAGAACGGAUGCGACGCACAGAAAAUUCGAGUCAGUUGUUCGGUUUGGUGGCACCUGAUGCAAGAUCUCCUUUAAAUAAAUCUCCGGCACCGCUGAGGGAUAUUGAUUUGCGACACCAAGGCUUACCGAGUGGGCCAUCUCCACGAUUGGGCGAGAUGGAUUCCGUGUUCCUGGGACUGUCGGAGUCGAUGCUGCAUACACCUGACACUACAUUCUGGGAUGGGAUCGUCGGCAACGACAGCGAUCCGAAUUCUGCUCUAAAUUUGUUUCCAUUGAUGGAGGCGGGAGGCGGUAUUGAUUUGGCGCACUGGGUUUGA